AUGGCCCCUCGAAAGCCUCAUACAGCCUUGGGAACCAAAAAUGCUGCUGCUACGAUACCCUCCAAUCCUAUUUCUCAUCUUGAGUUUCCUCAAAUAUCGCCCAAACGACGCUUGAUCACCGAUGUCUUCGUGGAGGACCAAAUUUUGCUGAUCCAUGAUUUUCUGACACUUGGAGAAUGCAAGGAGUUUGUCAAAUUCAUUGAUAGUCAGCCGCUCGAGCUCACGCCGCCUAAGAAGAAAGGUGAGGCGGAUAGAGUAAACUUGAACUCUGUGGCCAUGGCGCAUAGACUCUUCGAUCUGCUUUCCCCCCAUCUCCCCUUGUUUCCCUACCCCGCCUCCGUGAAGCGGCCAGACGGGGCUUCUGCGCGAUGUGUUCAUUCAUUCAACCCCAACAUUCGCAUGUAUAAGUAUACGCCUGGGCAGCAUUUCGGACCUCACUAUGAUGAUUCUGUGCGUGACCCUCAGACCGGCGCAAAGUCGGAAUGGACUUUGUUAGUGUAUCUCACCGGUGCCGAGGAUGGUGUCAAAGGCGGAGAAACGAUCUUCUACAGAAACCAGCGUAGUAAGACCCGUGAAGUAAUCACCCCUCCGCUGAUUCGAGGUACAGCGUUACUACAUCGGUCUGUAGCAUUUUUCAUCGGUCCAAAUUCAAUCACCUUACAAGCGAAGGCUGUAACAGCCAUGGACACGAAUGUCUGCUUCACGAAGGCUCGCCAGACCUUGUAUAGCUCAGAAGCUAUAAUCCAUCGUCUCCUUCAUAUUGGCAACAGAAUACCGAUUAUGCUUGAUUGA